AUGGGGACGGUCUUGAGCCAAGCCAACUGCUGUGUACGAGGUAUCUGCCGCAGCUUCGAAUUCUUCUGGACCCGUGUUGGCCGCGACAAGGAGCUUACCCAGUCGUUGACGGCUAGCAGCUCCGGAGGCAGUGCCUAUCAGACGGUUGGGCCGCUCCCGGUGCAGGUCGUGGAGCAGGAGCCGGUCUUUGGGGAACACCGCUUGGAAAGGCCCAGAUGCUCUUUUGGCAACCGCUGCCGCCGGAGCAACCCCGACCACUUCCUGCGGGAGAGCCAUCCGACGGACCCCGACAACGAGGCCGACAGCUUGCCAGUCCCCAGCGUCCAGCCUGGUCAGCAGCUGGCCCAGAGGGACGGCAACUUUGCCUGGAUCCGGAUGGCCAACGAGAAGGCAGACAGGGAGCUGAGAAUGGCCUCGGCUUCACUCAGCCUGGAUGUGUGCCAGGCGAGAGGCUAUCAGCUGGGCAACGCAAGGGUGGCGCUCCGGCAGGUGGAGAAGUUGCUGCAAGGCACACGCAUCCUGACCGUUGAGGAGGCGGGUGGCUCCCUCGCCAGCAACGCGCAGCCGCGCCUGUCAGUGGCUUCCGAACCCACUGCCUUCGACGCUGCGCUUGCACGCAGUGCCCGUGGUGAACGUGUGGCGGUUGUUGGCGCUGCCUCUGCUUACCAUCCCUGUGGCGGAUUCCGCACCGGUGGCCGACAUGCGCUGGAGGAGGCGAUGUGUGUUCAAUCGUCCCUCUCCAUCUCACUGCAGCGAGCGGUGUGGCUGUCCAGGCACGGCGCGGUCCAGGUGACUCUUCCAGAGCGGUUAAAGGCAGAUGGCAGGCAGGACUGGUUCUGCUACAUCCCGGAGCGUGGGGCGAUCCUCUCCCCUUCUGUGGAGGUCUUUAGAGCAGGGUCCGACACGGGCUAUGCCUUCCUGAAGAGCGCCGUGGAGUUGGCGGCGGUCGUCAGCGUGGCCAUGCCGAACAUGAAUCCUUCGGUCAAGGACUCGCCGCUGGAUGCCCCCUCGGAUCUCAAUGCGUACCGGGCGUUGCUCGCAGACAAGCUCAAAGCGGCCCUGUACGGGGCAUCCCUGGCUGGGGCAACCACCAUCGUUGUCCCGGGCGUGGGCUGCGGCGUUUUCAAAAAUGAUCCCAGUGACGUCGGCGCAGCACUGGCAGAGGCCAUCCGCUCCGCAGGCGCAGGGCUCCGCGAGGUGGUCCUGGCGGGGGUCCCACAAUCCAUGGCUUCGGCGGCUGCUGCGCCACUGGGCCAGCGCCUGUGA